GACAGACCCCCGUGCUGUAAAGAGAGUGGAUCUCAGGACACCAGAAACGAGGGCGCUGAGUCAAGUUUUCUAUACCUGUAACUUAUUAUGACUGGAAUAUAAAUGACAUUAUCCAUUAACAGCAGCAGUCCGGGUGACGGGUUUAAGCAUAAACACGACACGUGGAUCACUGUGUUUAUGUUGUGACUGGAAGACAUAUAAACCUCUCCUUAGUAGAGACCCAGCGAGAAGAGUCCUCCUUCCCUCCUUCCCCUCUGAGUCACCCUCACUCCGGUGCCCGGACACUCCUACCUCAGCCUAGAAGAGGGUACCAAGGCCAUCCAUCCCACAGACCCAGGCUAACCCCUCCCGCGAGUGGAAUAGUCAGUAGCAUUACAGGCUGCUGCUGCUGCUGCUGGAGUGUAACGUGUCCCACGCAUAGAAGUAAUGAGUUGGAGAUAUUGCUGGUAGAGGACGCGCAGUGGAUUAUACUAUGGGAACAGAACACUUUGCGUGGAUCAAUGUCACGGCGACAGAAAGCUGGAGAGAGGUGUACAUUUCCGUUUUAUGGAUACAGGUGGUUACUUCUUUACUAAGCAUUGUAGGUUCUGGUUCAGUCAUUGGUUAUGCUGUGUUUAAGAAUUCAGUAAAAUUACCAGAGGUUCGGCCUCUUUUCUACCUCACUCUUUCUGACUUGCUGCUAGCUCUUUGCUGGCUUGUCGGUGCUGUUUUGUAUAGGCAUUCCUGCCCCAACAAUGUUUCCUGCUACAACCUCCAGGCAGUGGGUCAGAUGUUCUAUCUUUCCACCUUCUAUUACACAUUGAACUACACAUGGCAGACCUACAGUAACAUGUGGAGAAGACUGAGGAACGAAGUGUAUACGAUUUCAGACACGGAGUGUUGCAUUGGAAGAAUAACAACAGUUCUAUCCAGUGUCGUUCCUUUCUUGUUCACUGUUCCUGUUCUGAUUUUUGGGAACAUUAAGCAAUGCUUCAGGAACACCAACCAUAGCUGCUUGGUGCUGAAUGUUGGAUCCCAGAUCACGACAAACCCCACAGCCAAUACUACAAAUGUCUGCAGAGCCUUGCAUUUCUAUACCAAAGCAAUUUUUCUAUCUACAUUCUUCCUUACAGUAAUAUCCAUUCUGGUAAUAUCGGGUUAUUUUUAUAUCUUAUUUAGAAGGUAUCAGACAACAGCAGUGUCCUUACAGUAUAAGCAGUGGGCGGUGAUCACAGUAACAAGACGGAAUCUCCUGCUGUUUCUUGUCAUCUUUGUACUUUGCUGCUUGCCAGCUGUGACACUAGCCAUUCGCACAUUGGCUUACGGCAAGGGGACAGAUGAAGUAUACAAAAUAUUUUAUUAUAUUCAGGCCCUCGCUGCAGUAUCCCAGGGAUUUCUUAACUGCUUGGCAUAUGGAUGGACACGGCAAAUGCUGCGUUGCCUGAAACAGAACUACUUUCGCGAUGUGGACACACAGACCCCUCUUCUGCGCUCACAGAAGAAGGUGUAUGCCAGCAUGCAGACCUCUACCCGCUCCAUUGGACCACCCAGCGUGUCUGCAUUGUGAUGAAUACUGUAGACUUAGUAGGCUUGCACGUUGAUUGGAGGCCUACUCUGAAAGACCUAGGAAUAAGUUUAACCUGCACUGCUAACACUAAAAUGCAUGGGACAGGAGUCUCAGUUGGACGAUGAAGUAUGUGAGGUUUAUACUGAGUUGUAUGUGUUUAAAAAAACACUUGACUUGCAGCCCCUUAUGACUGCAGAUGGACAGUUUGGACAAACACAGUCUGAAUACAAGAAAAUGUUCUGGUAACAACUCAGGCAGUCCCACACGGAGAUGCAGAUACGUCUGUCAGUAGCCGUAGCAUAUGUCAAAUCACUAUGAUGAUGUUGACUAUUAGCAGUGCUAGCAGCUUCUGAUUGGCUGAUUGCUGUUUCACCUCUGCAUUCUUAAUUGCUUGUGCCAUAUUAUGACUUUGUGGUUGUAUUUUACUGUGAUUUAUUUCAAUGUCAUUCAUGAAGGAGAAGGAAGAUUACAGCUGCUUUGUUAUAGUGUGUUUUCUAUAUUUAAAUCAAACUUAAUAGCUAACAUGUCUUUAACUACCGAAACACAUUGUAAAAAUGCAUUAUUGUGUCUAUAACUGGGAUGGCUUUAAGUGCAUUUGAUGUAUGCCUGACCUGGUGCAUGCGCUAUUGACGCAGAAAUUGACACAUGCUAAUAUCAUACCUCCCAACAUACAUGAUUUCAAAUCAGGGACUGCGCUGGUAGGCAGUCUGGCGCCAUAAAAAGGGGCGUGGUCUUGUGAGAAGGGAUAUGGCUUCAUGGCACAUCCCCCUUUUUAUAACUGUGAGGGCGUGACCAGCACUUGCGUUGUGGGCACCCGGUGCUGUGCUAUGCAGAAUAGCAGUGAGAGUGCUUUCCCCAAUUUCCUCUACAGAACACUGACCCGCAGGUAGGACAGUCCCUGCAAAGCGGAACUGUACCAGCCAAAGCAGAGUCGUUCAGGAGGUACUGUAAAAUGCAUCCAACAGAGCAUAUGUUUUUUUGCAUUUUUAAGUCUUGUCUUGUAGCAAGGCUGCCAAAUGCAUUAAAGCACAGUGGGGCAGAUGUAUUAACCUGGAGAAGGCAUAAGGAAGUGAU